GCCACUGCCAUUGCAGCCUACUCAAUAUUUACACUGGAGGGCACCGGGCAACUACUUUUAUACACAGUUUGGAGCGCCGGACAUACAAAAAUAUAUAUAUUUCUAGCUCUGGUGCCCUCCUAGUGGGCGAUGUCUCCCACACACAUGCAAUCCAUGAUCGGGCGGCACUCAGAGACUGGACAUUGGUGAAUGCAAAAAAUCCCACAGUGUGUAUUUAAUUAAAUGGUGACAUUUCGGGAACUUGCCUUCUUCAGACAAAAAUACAGUGCAAAGUGUGACAAUAAAUACAAGCCGGCGGCAUCACGGACCAUACUGGGGGAGGAACAGGAGGGGGAUUCCAGCCGGUCUGGGACACACAUGAUCUCUGCAGACGAUGCUGAAUACCCCCGAGAGUACCGUACUCUCGGUAACGGGACAAGGCGUUUUUCUAAUGUGGGGUUGGUGCACACUUCAGAGCGCAGACACACUGUGAUUGCUGCCCAGAGCCUGGAAGCACUGACAAAUCUACAGAAGUCUGACAUGGAAAGGAAGAGAGAUGCUUUCAUGGAUCAUCUUAAGAACAAAUACCCUCAACAUGCUCUGGCUCUCCGCGGUCAGCAGGAGAGGAUCCGAGAUCAGUUGCUUCAAGGCUCUUCAUCUAUCCUGCUUGCAGGGACUCCAUGCAAUCCUGAGGCUCUGAUGUAUAGAGACCCACAGGAGAAUGCAGUGCCUGUGUGCCUAGAUAACUCAUCAUCGCAACCAAACUACUGGAGCUUUAAGACUAGAAGCUCACGCCACUCCCAAAGCGCACAACCUGGCCUUGCAGAUCAAGCAGCCAAACUGUCCUUUGCAUCUGCUGAGUCCCUGGAGACCAUGUCUGAAGCCGAGCUACCACUGGGGUUCAACAGGAUGAAUCGUUUCCGGCAGAGCCUGCCAUUGUCUCGAUCCACCAGCCAAACAAAACUACGUUCACCAGGGGUUUUGUUCCUGCAGUAUGGGGAUGAGACAAGACGGGUGCACAUCACCCAUGAGAUUACCAGCAUGGACACAUUACAUGCUCUUAUUGUGCACAUGUUCCAGCAAAAACUCACCAUGGGAAUGCUGAAAUCUCAUAACACGGCCAUACUUAUCAAGGAUGAGUCCCGCAAUGUCUUCUAUGAAUUGGAGGAUGUCAGAGACAUCCAGGACAGAAGUAUUAUAAAGAUCUACCGGAAGGAACCCAUUUAUUCCUCGUUUCCUGCUCCUCACAUCACCAACGGGGACGUGAGAGUAAGCGGAAAAGACCGCUGGUCAGACUGCUGUCACCGGCUUUGGCUGGGUCUGGGCUGGGGGCCGGAACGUGAGAUGAUGUACAGUUCCAGGGAUUCUUCUCCUACUCGGCGCCUCAAUAGCAUGUCUCCUGCUUCCCACAUGACCACGGGGUCUCCUCCUCCAGUGCUUCAGUCCUCCUCCCCAGCACGCUCCCGCAUGUCUUACAGUGGUGGACGGCCACCUUCCUAUGCUGGAAGUCCCGUACACCAUGGGGACAGAAUGUCUGGUCUCCCUCCGGCCCAAGGAGUCUCCCCCAGUCCUAGUGCUAUUUUGGAGAGAAGGGAUGUAAAGCCUGAUGAAGAUCUCUCCAACAAGAAUGUGGUGCUGGUGAAGAAUGAGGGACUCUAUUCUGAUACUUAUGGAAUGGUUCAUGAAGGUAGACUUAGCAUUACAUCCACUCAGUCCCUUGCUGGUCUGGGUGACCCUUUCUCAUACCCAGGGGGCCUGUACAAGCGUGGGUCAGUGCGCUCUCUGAGCACGUACUCUGCAGCUGCUCUACAGUCAGAUCUAGAAGACGGAAUGUACAAACCUAACUCUCAAAUAUAUGGAGACACAUAUGGUCCUGGGAUGGGAUACCGUAUACCACCAUCAUCGCCACAGAAGGUGUCAGAUGGAAGGAUGGUGGAUGUACAACAGAGUCAGGGUCCCCAUAGUCCCUACUCAGGGCCUUCUAGCCGCUCGUCCCCUGUACGCCAGACUUUCCGCAAAGAUUCUUCCUCUUCCGUAUUCAUGGAUAGCCCUGUUGGCAAACAAAGGAACCCUAGCUCUUCCUCGGUUAACAACGAAAUAUUCCCUGGUCCAGGUGAACGUCCUUUGUCUGGUUUCAGCUCUCCAGUACCCACUAAAGAGGUGGAGACCAGAGACCGAAUGGAAGCCAUGGAAAAGCAGAUUGCCAGCCUGACAGGACUGGUCCAGAGUGCACUUAUGCGUGGGUCCGACAGCGACAAUCCUAGUGAGAAGUCAGAGGCUGCAAAUAGCGGCUCACCAGUGCCUGGCCAUCAAAACGCUGGUACCCCAAUGUCCACUCCUACACCUGGGUCCAAUUCCACCCCAGCUGACCAGAGUAAGGCAAUCACCCGCCUGCACAUGCAGCUUCAUCUCCAUGACCUGCAGCACAAUGCCAGCGAGCUGAGGAACCAGUUGCAGCAGCUGAAAAAAAUGCAGCUGCAGAACCAGGAGACUGUACGGACCAUGCUGAAACGCACAGAGACAGAGAUCAGUGUGCGAGUUACUGACACCAUGCGUAAGCAAGAAGACCCAUUGCAGCGGCAGAGAGCUAUGGUAGAGGAAGAGAGACUGAAAUAUCUGAAUGAGGAAGAGUUUAUAACUCAGCAACUAAAUGACCUAGAGAAAUCAGUGGAGAAAAUCAAGAAAGAUCUUGCGCACAACCACCGUCUGAUCUCUACGCAGGAACUGGAGGAGAAAGCGGUGGUGCUGAAGCAGCUCGGGGAGACACUGACCGAGCUUAAAGCUCAGUUCCCCAGUUUGCAAAGUAAAAUGCGCAUAGUUCUGCGUGUGGAGGUGGAGGCUGUGAAGUUCCUGAAGGAGGAACCACAUCGCCUGGACGGGCUGUUGAAGAGAUGCAAGAUGGUUACAGACACAUUGGCUCAGAUUCGCAAUCAUACUCUUCCAUUCUUCAGACAAGUAGAAGAAGGGGUGUGGAACACACCAGAGAAUCUUCACAAUCUUCACUCCAAGCAAAUAGCUGACGGAGAUUUCUCCAAGAGCACAGGGUUUGAGCUGCCCUCAAGUCCUCCAACAAACUUCUCUCAACUGAAUGAGUCUAAGACACACAGUUGGGAGUCUGUGUGUCACGGUGAUGCUGCAUCUCACACUAAUAAUCCUACCCGAGGGGAGAUGGUUACUGUGAAGACUCAGACAGUCCCAGAGACACAGAACAAGAGGGUGGGAGCAGAGAAAUCUGUGUCUGUGGAGGCAGCAGAGCGAGACUGGGAGGAGAAACGAGCAGCACUGACACAGUACAGUGCCAAAGACAUAAACCGUCUACUGGAAGAAACUCAGGCCGAGCUCAUGAAGGCUAUUCCAGAUUUGGACUUUGCAGCCAAGCACAAAGCAAGUGGGAGUGCAACAUCAACCCCAGAACACCGUGCCAGCAAGCCACAGCAAGCACAGAAACUCAGUACCAAAAUAGACCCCAAUGGGAGAAGAGGAUCUGAUGAGCUGACAGUACCCAGAUACCGGACCGAGAAGCCUUCUAAAUCCCCACCUCCUCCUCCACCUCGCCGCAGUUUUCCAUCCUCACAUGGCAUCACUACAACUCGAACGGGAGAGGUGAUUGUCACCAGCAAGAAAGAUUCGACAUUUAUCAAGAAGUCAGACUCUGAGGAACUUGAGAGCCAGAAACCUCAGGUGAAGCUUCGUCGUACUGUGUCUGAAGUCGUUCGUCCGGCAUCCACGCCACCCAUAAUAGCAUCUGGCAUUAAGGAUGAUGAUGAUGAAGAUCGGAUUAUAGCCGAGCUGGAGGUGUUUCAGAGAAGUUCUGGCUCCCACUUUAUUCCUCAGUUCCAUUGUGAUCACAGCAAUGCAUCCCAAGUGGUGCCACGUCCAGCACAACUGUGGUCCAAUGAGGCCACCAUAGAACAAGGAAGAUGGAAGAGUGGGGGCGUAUCAAUUCCUCCCAUGAAGAUGGUAAACCCAGUAGGCUCACGGCUAAAGAGCGUUCAGCAGAGCAGCGGGGACAAGAGCAACAAGCACUCCAAACAAAGAAUGGAGUACAUGAGGAUCCAGGGCCACCAGCAGGCAGCUAGAUCAUCUAAAGAGGCUGGUUGUGUGAAUGAGACUAACCCAGGAUCGGAUAAAACUGCUCCUUCUCGAACCUCUAUUCCUGUACUAACUUCCUUUGGUACAAGGAACUCCUCUAUUUCAUUCUGAAUUAUCUACUUAACAACUUUUUACUCAACUGUGCUCUACUCAUCUGUAUCCUCCUUCAUGCGCCUUGAAGUGUAGACUAUAAAUUGGCCAACUUCUGGCUGAAAGUCCCCUCACCACUUUUCCCCUCUGCGUCUGGUCAGCUUUGAGAACAAUACUACAGCAAAGGGCUGAAACCGCAGAGAGAAGUGUGAGAGACAUGACGUACAACAGUCGAUGCAUUCCAUGGUGCCUCCCACCUGCCCAGGCCUGACUGUUACCACACCUGCAGCUGGUCAUCUUUCCAAAUGAUGUAGAUAUGAAUCUCCGAAAGCCAGGAUAUUACCAGACAUUUUCUCGGGGUUCUGAGCAUUGUAUGUUGCUUUGUUUCUUUUUUUUGUUUUGUUUUUAUUUUCUAUGCUUUAUAUAUUUGUUGUUCCUGUGGUUUCUGUGGAAGUCUAGAGAUGUCAGGAUGAUAUUAUUUUGUGUGUUGCGUUGCCAGCAAUAAGCAAAGACCCAACCCCAAGAAAGUAGAUUGUAUUUUUGGAUGUUUGCACUGCACCCACAAUUUCGGAAUAGUCCAGAUGUGUAAUGUGAUAAGUUUCUUAACCGCUCUGGGGUUAAUCAUACAAAGCACAGACAGAAAGUAAAUGUUUGGGUUCUUGGUCACAAGUGUGGUGUUAAUGAUCACUCACAAAGCAUGCAAGAAGUCAAGAUUGGUGACGCCUACACUGUUCUCUUUUUCUAGCAAUAGCUGUCCACUGACCAGCCAAGGACAGGUACAGGAAGUGGACCCAGGGCAAAAUCUAAGGAGAACCCAAGGCUUACAUUGUCCAAAGAGUUGCAGGAACUUAGGAGUUGAGUGACCACCCUAUGGUAUUGUUGUGAACAUUCCAUGAGGGUUGUUAGGGCUGUACUUGUAGGACAUUCCCGUGUAACAUUGUAUAUUAUAAGCACAGAAACUAAUAACACUAGAUAAUGUGAAGUGUGUAUGUGUGUGUUGGUGAAUUGUGUGUCUAUGAAAGUGUGUUCUAUGGACAGAGGAGAGGCCUGGAGAGUAGAUCACGUUAUUUUAUUUGCUUCUAUCUAUUUCGCACACUUAUUGCUUAGCUUUUUGUUUUGUAAACAGUCCGUUUUUUUGUACAAGUCGGAGGUUGAGUAUAUAAAACAGAAAUAAACAAGCUAUAAAGUCACUAUUCAAAAUCGCAAACAAACUUUCCAUUCAGUGAAAGUGUUUUAUUAUUUUUUUUUUAAAACUGUAUUGCGAACAAACACAUAUAUACAUAUUAUAUAAAUAUAUAUAAAAGAAAUACCUAAUAGAAAUAUAUAUGUACAAUUUUAAAUUUUUUAUGGUGCAAGAGGGGUUGUUUGAACAGGGUACUUCCAUCUUUGGGUUAAAAACUUUCAUUAAAUAUUAGUGAUCUAAUUCAGAUGUUUGUAGGUAUGUAUGGAGCUACAACACCCGUCUAGUGUCUGUUAUGCAUAAAGCAGACAUUAUGGGGGGGUAUUUAUUAAAGCUCAGAGAGGGAUGCAAUUGUAAGAGAUAAAGUACUAGCCAAUCAGCUUCUACCUUACAUUUUACAGGCUGUGUUUGAAAAAUGCCAAUUAGGAGCUGAUUGGUACUUUAUCUCUCCCAAUUGUAUCUCUCUCCAAGCUUUGAUAAAUACCCCCCUAAGUCACAGAUAUCUCUUGCACUGAAAGUAUCUAUUCUUUAUGUUCUUUAAAUAGCAUGUUCUACCCUAGAAAUCACAUUAUGAACAGGAAACAGCACAAAGGAGCUGCUGCUCAGUAGCACUUUAGAAAAUAAAUCUAUUUAAAUAUAGAAUAUACCUAAAAAAAGCAUUAUGCUAUUAAAAUAUAUAUUUAUUUUUUUGGAUGUUCCUACUUCACAUCUUAAAGAUAUUUAUUUAAAAUGCUAUUGUUAGGAGGACUAUGUCAUAAUAUAUUAAGUACGUAGUUUCAAAUUAAUUUUCAAGGGAAAGUGCACACAAUGGCCAUUACUAUGUCUGUGGCAUUAGAAAUGCUGUGUAAUUAUUUUUUCAUUACAUUUCUUGUGCAUUGGUAUCUUAUAGUCGUUAGCACUAGUGAGCUCUGGGCCUUAGUCAGGUUAAUGACUUUGGAUAAACAGCUGUUUAUUUAUUUUGAAACUAUUAAUUUGGUCAUACGUAAAAAUCCCCCCCCCCUCCCCCUGUUGACCACGCAGCAUAUUAACCUUUUAAAAUACAUUUACAUUUAUUAGCUAAGGUUCUAUGGAACCUGUCUAAUAAAGUAACAGUUUAUACUGUAUUCUCACUCUGCAUUCCCGUGAGUUAUAUAGGGGUCUAUUUACUAAGCCUUGGAGAGAGAUAAAGUGGACGGAGAUAAAGCACCAACCAAUCAGCUCCUAAAAAAAAAACAGUUAUGAGCUGGCUGGUUGGUACUUUAAUCUCUCUACAAUGUUUAGUAAAUAGCACCCUUAACAUCUCUUACCAUUGUUUUAUACCACAGAGGUUAAGUACAUGGAAGUAGAUCAGUUUAUUUACUUUCUUUCACAACUGAAAUCUGAAAAUCCUGAGUUUUCAAUCGUUUCCAAUUAAGUGGCUAUCUAACACAUGUAUAGCAAAUAAAAUGAAAUUGGAAGCGAUUUACUAAAGAUGUAAAUCCAGACAUACAUCAUACAAUUAUCUGCCAGAUCUGACUGGUUGGAAUGAAAAUCUGAUAAUGGAUGAGAGCAAAUGACAUUUGACCGUUUGUUCCCAAACAGUGGAAAAUGGACAAAUACUAUUGUUCAUGCAAAUUGGUUAAAUCUGUGAUUUAACCAAUUUAUCUGAACAGUAGUUUUUUUUAUUUUUUUUAUUUAAUUUUCCAGUGUUUGGGAACAAAUUGUUGAUUGUCAUUUGCUUUCAUCCAUUACCAGAUUUCUAUUCCAACCAGUCAGAUCUGGCAAAUUAUCUGCCAGAUAAUUGAAUGGUGUAUGUCUGGCUUAAGUAUUUCAGCAGCUUGGCAGGUCAGUGUUCAUAUCCAAAGAACAAAAACUGCUUUAUGUGCACAAUUAUCAUCCAAUCUCAUUACAGUGGAACAUUCAUUAAAUGCUGCUCCUGCUAUAAGGUCACCACCAGCCCCAAAGUCAUAGAAAGUACAUACAAAAAUUAUUAAAAGGAAUGCAAAGAAUUAGUAUAAUAAUACAAUCAAUUUAUUAAUAAUAGCAAGACAGAUAUAUAUGUGAUUUUGCUCAUGCAAUUCCUUUUUUUUUUUAAAUGUGUUGCGUUUAUUUUUUAAUAAAUUGGUUGAAUGUAUUAUUAUAGUCAUUGUUUGUGCUCCUUUUUUGCUUUUAGUCAUUUUUAGAUAUUUCAUUUUUUUUUCAUAUCCUGACCGUCACAAUAUCCAACUGCUAGUUGGCUCAAUAAACACUGAUCCAAACCAAUAUCUGCCAAGUUGGUGGCCUUUUUUUCUGCCUUUUCUAAAUCACCAUAUUUGAGAAACCACUAAAUCUAACACUCAGGCGCUUUAAGAGAGGAGGAGAGGAGAGGGCCUGUGUGCAGUCUCCAAUUGGGCCCCCUCCUCUCUGGCGUCUCAUUAGACUCUGGCAUUGUGCCAGAGUCUACUGUGCAUGUGCAGGGCUCCAGGAAAAUGGCGUCCUCGCCGUGUUCCAAGGGACAUACAGUAUCUAUUGCACAUGUGUGACUCACAAGUAAAUAGCCGCAUCUGAGAUUUUGCAAGUGAUUUUUGCAGCUGUGCAGCAGGGGUGUGCAGUGAGGUAAAUGGCUGAGGUGGCACUGGCUAGUACCAGAGCCAAAGGGUUCAUAAUGGCAUUAUACACAGGUGCAGCAGUUUUGAUUAGAGAUGUGCGGAAAGGUAGGCAGGAGAGGCACUGCCUCACCUGCCUUUGAAUUUUUACUCCAGAGUUUUAACUACAAAAAUGAUUAGAAUAAUGCAAAGAAGAUAUUUCUUAUAUAUUCUUUGCAUUUUUCAUAUACUUUUUACAGUACAGUCAAAACAUUGGUGUAUGCCGAAGUAUGACAGGAAAGGCUCUGCCUCACUGAACAUCACUGCUGUGCAGCUAACACUGGGCCAAUGGAGAGGUGAGUAUAAUUAAAUGGGUGCAGGGUUUGUGGCCCCAGGGGCCCGUGUGCACCGCACACCUUGCACCCAUUAGAGAUAUGCCAGUGCUAACACUUGUCGUAUAUGAAAUAUGUUUUAAUAUAUAAAUAUUAUGUGUUUCAGGUGCUUGCCAUUACUGUGGCUAUGUGGGCUAAAGCUGUGAUUGUGAGCCGUAUAAUUUCUCUAGAUACAUCAGACUAUCAGUAGUCCAAUUAAGGAGCACUGAAGCACAGGAACAAUAGUUGCAGACAGCUAUUGGAUAUUAAACAUUUAAAUUAUUUCCGAGUAUGGGAACUAAAGCUAAAUAGGCCAUCUUGGUACCACUCCUAAUUCAGGCCAUCUUGGUACACCUCCUAAAUCAGGCUAUACAGUGAUAAAGGUUAGGGGAUGGGUUUAUUGCAACUUCUUUUUUCCAGAACAGGUUCCUUAAUUCCCUAUAGUUCUGCGGAAUUUCCCAUAAUAGUGUUUGUUUCAAAACUGAUUCAGGUGAAAUACACAUUGUACAACUGUAUUAAAUCUUGUGCGCAUUUGACAGUGUUUCUCCUAUAGAUAGAAUAUGUUGGCACACACAAAAAAAGCUACCUCUAGUGACCAGUAGGCAAAACAUAAACUUGUCUAAGUGCUGAAAAGCAUUGGAUUGCAAACAAUUUGAAAAUAGUGGAAAAUUAAGUUGAAUUUCCUGAAAAUACAUCAAAUUUAUUUACAGGGGUCAUUUAUGGUAAGCAAAGGUAUCAUCAAAUUUGUACUUGAUCUUUUGACAUGUCUGAGGCAGUUUUGCUGCUUUACCCCAUGUAUGUGUCCUGCUGAUUUACAUAGUGAUUAGACAACUCAGGGGGAGUGUGGGAACAAAGAGGCAAUUUGUUAUUCAUGUCUCUGUACAUUUUAGUGACGUCACUUUCCUCUAGCCAUGUCUUUACAACAAGCAGUGUUUAAAUUUUGAGAUGUGCACAACUUUGUAUUGCGUAUCUGAAUAUAUGCAUCAUCAAGGCAGGCAUAAAAAGCCAACCUGUUUGUGCUGUGAGAGGGCACAGCGAUCCCUUGUAUUUGGACUACACUCUAAUUAGGCCUAACAUUUGCUCAUGGAUAUAUCAUGCUAACAAAGCUGCCACAUUGAGUUUUGGAUCUUACGCAGUAAACAUGACUCUGGCCACGUGUACCAUAAAACCAGCCCCAACUGCAGAUAUACAGUAGCAUGGUCUCAAAGAUGCCAUCUUUCCACCAUAGUCAUGCUAAGUAACAUGACAAAUGACCAAAACCUUUUGCUAUGUGGUGGACUUUGUUUGCUCAUCAAUGACCUACAUAUUCUCAAAAGGGCAAAUAAUGUACUUUACAGUUAAAAUCUGGUUGGUUGGUUGGUUGGUUGGUUAAUAUAUAUAUAUAUAUAUAUAUAUA